AAUUUCAAUACGGUGAUAUGCACACUUUUGAAAUGAAAAUACAUACUGAAGCCCACAUGGUGUUCUAACUAUACUAAGUAUAGUUAUAAAAUUCUGUGAUACUAGCCGUGUUGUCGAGAUUUCACCCGCUUCACGUGGGAACUGUUAAGAAUGUCUGAUGAAAUUGAAAUAGAAGAGCAUGAUGUCUUGGACAAUCCCACCAUCAAAAGGAUAUUUCCUGAUAUAUCUAUCAUAAAAAAGGAAUUAAAUGAAUAUUACGAUGAAGCAUUAAAUACACUUCCGCAGAUUAAUCUGGACAAAAAAAAUCAAGAAACUACAUUGAGUGAGUUAGAAGACCAAAGUCAUGUUGCCAUUACAAAUAAACAUGAAAUGGCAAGCUCUCCUGAUGGUCCUCAAACCAAAGGUACAAAAAGACCUGGUGACCACUUGCAUCAAAACAUAAUUAUUCUUGGAUCAAAACCCAACACAAAAAGUCGUAGAAAUAGUAAUAAUGUUGCAAAAAAAGAACCUAAACUCAUUUUAGAGGAUAUGAGUUAUUGGUUGAAUAACAGUACUAGAUUUUGUAAAAACUGUCUUAUAUUAUUUCCAAAAUCUAAUUUACUUAACAUGCAUAACCGUCACGUACAUACUAAAAGGACUAAUGUAAUGACAUCCAAAUUGGGAUGUAAAAUUGGUACUUUAUAUAAAUGUAAUAUUUGUAAAAAGCGCUUUUCAAAUUCAGGCAACUUGUCAAGGCAUAUUAGAAAUCUUCAUGGAGAUGUUUAUAAAUCAUUUCUAACGGAGGAUCCCGGAAAUAACUCCUCUAAUGACUCCUCCGAAAGUGAAAAAACCUCAGGCUUCUCUUGUUUUCACUGCCAAGAAUUAUUUCCAACCCAGAGUUGUAUGAUUGAACAUCUUUACAAUGUAUUGAAGCCCGGAAAUAUUUCGAAGAGCGAUAAAUCUAUAUCUCCAACAAGUACAAAAGAGUUAACUCAAGAAGACAAACCUAAUAAUUCAUCCAUCGAAAAUAAGAGUGCCAAUAAUUUCAACGAAUUAAUUUUCGGGCACAAGGAUGAUUGCAAUAACCAAAGUGAACCAAAUACAGGCAAAAGUAUUGCCAAUGACUUAACAAUAGACGGAUUGUCCGUCCAAGGCAGAGAAGCACUUCAAAGGCCAAAACGAACAUCAAAUAGCACACCAGAAAAAACAAAGAUUCGUGAGCCUUCAAAACAAUUUAAUAAUAAAAAUAAAUUGGAUAAUCACAUAAAGUCACCCAAAAACACUAAAAAGAAGCCAAUUAAAAAGAAAAAAAUAAGAGAAAUGUUUUACAGGUGCCUCAUAUGUUCUAAAUUUAGUAUGUCUUUUAGAAUUCACGCACGACAUAUUAGAAAUGAACAUAAAAUGAAAGAGGUUCACAAAGUAAAAAAAGAAAAAUUUGACCCACAGUGUAAAUUAUGUUCUUCUAAACUUUCUGGUGUUUUUACUUAUAACAUGCAUUUGUACAAGAAUCAUAAAAAUAUUUACAAAGCAGUCAAGAAUCACCAUGAACAGAUUGAUGAUGAUGGUGUUCAUAAAAAAAGUGAAACUUGCAAGAAGAAAAAUAAAUUUGCUUUAAAAAAUGUACUUUUCAAGUGCAUGGAAUGUGAUUUAUUCUUUUUGUCAUCAAAUGCAGCUGUUAACCAUUCAAAACAUCAAAGGCGUAAGAAUACGCAGGAGUGUGAAGUCUGUCAUAGAAUUCUGGAGUUAAAAGAUAUGGCGCUUCAUAAGAAGCAGCAUUUAUUUAAGCAAUCAUUAACUAUUUACAUAAUUAAUGAAUCUACCUUGAAACGAAUACUAUACAAGUGUUCUAAUUGCACUGUGCAUUACAGCGAAGUCAACUUUACGCUGCACUAUGCCAAAUGUGACUCUGAAACACCAGAUUCAUUGUAUUGUAAAGUUUGUGAUAUUCUUGUUAACAGAGAUGAUAUGGAAUGUCACAGUCUUAAACAUGAGGAUGAAAAAAUACAAAGAAAUGAUUUUUUCAUAAUUGAGUCGGAAAUGAUAGAUCAUAGAUUUUUGACUAAAGAUGAUGAUGAACUUAAUAUAAAAAAAACAGAGGAAAGUUAUCUAAAGCUAUACAGUGUUUCUAACCUAAUAAUGCAUUUUUGCCAUAAUUGUAAAUGUUUCGUUAAUCCUGUUUCUUUCAAAAAUAACGUGCAUGUAGAAGGAAGAUGUGGUCAUAUGAUAAGAACUGUUUGUCAAGAGUGUGGACUGCUGUUGACUGCAAAAAGUCAUACUACCCAUAAAGAGUAUCAUAAAACCCAUAAAUUUUGUCUGUUUGAUUAUCAGUUCUUUGAUCUUACAACUAAGAAAAGAAUUUCCCCGCCAAUACCUGAAUAUCCUAAAUGCAACAAUUGUGGUGUACACUUCUUAAGAAACAGAGCAGUUGCAGAACAUUUAUGCCAAGACCAGGAUUAUAUAAUUUGUAGUAUUUGUUCCAUGAAGCUUACAGAACAUGCUUACAAAUUGCACAUGAGUUUUCAUAAUUACUGUGUACAAAAUAAAAAGACACCAUUAAAUGAAAACCCAUCCUUUUGUAAUCAAGGUGGCAAUGCAUCAAAUGAUCAAAAGAAUUUGACUGGUACAGAUGCCUCCUGUAUCAGAGACUUCAUAAUUUUGUACACAUGUAAAGGUUGUCAUUUGACUGUUAACACAUAUGACAAAGUUGUACAGCAUUGUCAGGACCAUUACAAUUCUGAUGAAAUCAUAUUGAAUAUGCAGAAAUGCAAAACAUGCAGCUUUAUGUUUGAAAUGACAGAAUAUGAUAGUCAUUAUAGGUCGCAUCCAAGAGGAAAAUAUACCAAGAACAAAAUUAAAACGAUUGACUUCGAUCCAAUUUAUUUUCGUUUUGACAAUGUUUUUUGGACCAAACAUGUAUUUGCUUAUGUAUCAGAUGAUCAAAUCGAAAAAAUUCUGAAUGUUUCAAUUUAUAGAUAUGAAUGCAGACUUCAAAUGCAAGAAAUUCAAUCUGGAUCAUCAGACCUGAUAUUAUACAAAUGUGCCAAAUGUCAGUUAAUAAUUGAACCUCAUUCCCUGUACACACAUGUAGAAAAAUCUAGAAACUUAUCUUGUGUGAAAUUGAGAACAACACAAUGUGCCUUUUGUAGUUUAUGUUUUGAUAGCCAAAGUUACCGAAGUAAGCAUGAAGCAGAACAUGACAGUUUUGACUUGAAAUCGUACAAAAUUAUAUUAUUCAAUAAAGAGGAGCACGAUAAACUUAAUAAAAUACUAUAUGAUGCAAGUAAUCGAUAUAUUUUAUAUCAAUGUAGAAAUUGUGAAAAGAUUGUAGAUAAAUUUCUUCGCGGCACCCAUAAGUGUGACCAGGAGAAUUCAAAAUUGUGUGGUACUUGUGGUUUACUACUUCACACACAAGAUUUUGAUUCACACUUUAUAAGACAUGAAGAACUACAUACGUUUAAAACUGAAAAUAUAAACGUGGUAAUGUUUGGAAAAUGCUCUCUUGGGAAAAAAGAACGUAGAUCCACCUUCAGAGGCACUAUAUACGAUUAUACUAUAUACAAAUGCACGAAAUGUAACUUGUGUUUAAGCAAAAAAAGUUGUAAAUCAGCGCAUGUUUGCGUUUUCGAUAAUUCUAAAUGUAAGUGCUCUAAGUGUGGCUUGUACUUCUCAGAUGUAGAAAUGAUACGUCAUUCCAAGUUACAUGAAAGUAACGUUGGAUUUGAUGACUACACUAUGAACAUAAUAAGUUUUGAAGUACCAUCUACGAACCUUGAUAUUGAAGAUAAAUUAGUUAAUAACAGCAAUAUCCUCAAAACAGUUCUUGAAGCAAAUGAGACAAAUGUUGAUACAUUAGAAGGUGCCAGUGCACAUCUCGAAAAACUUGAAAAAAUAUACAAAUGUGAUUGUGGAUUACAUUUUUUGGAAGAGGGCAAUGCUCAAAAGCACUCAAAACACUGCAGUGUAAAAAUGAAAAUUUCAAGGCAAAGGUGUAUUAAAUGCGACUUAUUAUUUACUCCAGGAGAGUUGUUUAAUCAUUUAUUAAAACACCAUUGUGAUAAAAAACAGCAGUUCACGUUUGAUAUAGUUAACGUUACUAUGAAGAAAAGUUAGGAUUCUUUAAGCUAGAUUAUAUGUUACCUCACCAUAAAAUGUUUACAAAAUUAUCAUUAAAAUUUAUUUUAAAACAAUGAUAUUAUUACUUAUAAGUUAUAACAACCAAACAUGAGCCAUUAGUGAAGUUGUCCGUUAAGAAUAUCUCUGGAACUGUGGAUCAAGUUGAAUAGGGGAACUUAUCUCCCAAAAUGUAUGAGCUAGGCCAAUUUCUCAAAUACAUUGUAAAUUCUAGUUAGUGUAUCACUUUUGCCAUGAAAUAAGCUUUAUUGAUUACCAUACCGAAGUCUCAGCAUUUUUUUUGUUUGUCUGGUUCCUAGUCACAAGUACAACCAAAGGCGUCCUAAGGGAAUACAACAACCUGAACCUGAAAAGGAACUGGCCCUGAUAGUCUCGAGCCAAAAGACUGGGAAUGUUCUUGGCCAGGAUGCUCUUAUUCAAUUUAAUCCCUAAUUUCAGUGAUCCUGUUUCCAAAAGUACACUUUGAUCAUAAGAUUUAGAAUCUUGCAAUAGAAUGAUGUGUUAAUUCUAAGGCGCUCUUUAAAUGGAUAUGGAAUAUAUUUAUGAUUUAUUGCAAAAUAUUUUUAUUGUAAUAUUGCACAAUGUUAUUGUAGAUCUAGGGGCUGCCUAGGAUCUAAUGUUAUCCGAUGUCUGUUACGAAACGAUUGUUAACUCAAUAUACUAUACAGGGUGUUACAGAAGUAACCGUAAUGCCAAAAGAGGCUAGAUUUUUUACUUAAUGCGAAAUAAUAAAACAAAAAUAUUUGCGUGGGUUGGUGUUUUUGACUAUGAUAAUUUUAAAUACUUUUGUAACACGUGUUCAUGUUGUGUUAAAGUUGAUAAUUAUAGUUUAUAUCGUUAUUUACAUAGUUAAGCCAUUAUUUCAUUAGCAAAUAACAUUAUAUAUGUAGCUUUAGAGCCCGUGGUCGCCAGUUCUCUAUCUACCGCAACCUCACAGUGGGUAUGAAUAUACCACAGACAGACUGUCCCUGUCCGCCACGCGCACUAAAGCGUUAUUUCUUUGUGUUCAGAAUUACCUAAACCAUCAUCGGAGAAUAAGCAAUUUACAAAAGGUUCCUCCAGAUGGUUUGAAAAAAUGUAUAUUUGGACCGGGCAGGUGGCCGGUUUUUUUUAUGUUCAUCUCCUAGAUAUAUAAGGAUAUU